CAUUCUCUGCUGAAUCGUACGUACUUUGAAACACAAUCACAACCUCCUUCAUUUGACGUCGACAUACAGGGCGUUCACGAAUUUAUCCAACGGCAACGACAGGCUAACCGAUCCGUCGUGCUUGUAACGAGCGGAGGGACCACCGUACCGCUAGAGCUCAAUGUGUAAGAACGAUCAACCACCCACAGCCGUACAGGGUUACUGACUUCAUGUUCAGUAAAUGUGCAGCGUCCGCUUCCUCGAUAACUUCAGCGC